AUGUCUCCUCCUCAGAGACAACGUCGGGACUUCAACAAAUUUCCUACUACCCAGCUCUUCUUCUUGGCCCUCGUUCGAGUCGCCGAGCCGAUUGCUCUCACCUCCAUCUUUCCGUAUGCCUGGAAACUUGUGCUCGACUUCAAUGUAACUGAUCGCGCAAAUGCGUCUUUCUAUGCCGGCUUGCUGAUCUCAGCCUUUGCUCUGGCUGAAUCUCUGACAGGAUUGUAUUGGGGAGGUCUCUCGGACCGCAUCGGGCGUAAGCCUGUUCUGCUCUUGGGAAGUGCAGGCACCAUGCUUUCCCUCCUUUUAGUCGGCAUUUCCACUAACUUCUGGAUGGCUCUUGCCGGAAGAGCGAUUGGAGGCUUCCUCAACGGAAACAUUGGAGUCAUUCAGACAAUGGUCGGCGAGCUUACGGUCAACCCUAAGCACGAACCUCGCGCAUACUCGGUCAUGCCAUUCGUUUGGAGCAUCGGAACGAUUAUUGGGCCUUCGAUCGGAGGUAUAUUCUCAGCUCCUGCGGACAACUUCCCCGACGUUUUCUCACCCCACGGAAUCUUCGCCAAAUUUCCUUAUCUGCUGCCCAACCUCAUCUGUGCAGCUUUGAUGCUGUUCUCGAUUAUCUGCGGGUUCUUCUUCCUUGAGGAGACUCACCCUGAUAUGCAGCCAUGGAGCACGGUAGACGAUCUUGAACACACCGAAGCCGAAACCCCGAUUCUAGCUGCUCAGGCCGGAACCUUCACAGCUGCAGUCGACUUGCACAAUGAAUCUUACGGCACCUUCAACAAGGUCGUCCAAGAUCAAGAGUGGAACGUCCUGCCCGACGGAACAGAUGCACCCAAGGAAGCAGAACACCAGGAUCAAGUCGUCUUCAACAAGCGCGUGGUCAUGUUGAUUGUCGCUCUCGGCAUCUUCACCUACCACAGCAUGUCCUACGAUCACUUGCUCCCCAUCUUCUUCCAGGACUCGCGCGUGGAGAGCAGAAGUCACGGAAACAAGCUAAGUUCAAUGGCAGGCGGUCUCGGUCUGACCAUCCAAGAUGUAGGCGUCGUCAUGUCUGUGAACGGCAUCAUCGCAUUGGGCGUCCAAGCCAUUGUGUUCCCACUUGCGGCAGCAUGGCUGGGCGUGUGGAAACUCUUCAUCGUCACCACUGUCUUGCACCCUCUUGCUUACAUUGUGGUGCCUUAUCUGGUGCUUCUACCCGAAGAGUGGCUCUACCCUGGCAUCUACGCUUGCCUCACCAUCCGCAACAUCUUUUCCAUCCUCGUUUACCCAGUCCUGCUUAUCUUACUCAAGGAAGCUUCUCCUUCGCCUUCGUGUCUGGGUAAGAUCAAUGGUUUGGCUGCUAGCACUGGCGCCGCUUGCCGCACCCUCGCUUCCCCCAUCGCAGGUAUUCUUUACGGUAUCGGUAUCGAUAUCGAUUUUACGGCUCUCGCGUGGUGGGUUAGCGGUGCUGUUGCUGUCAUCGGUGCCGUGCAGGUCUUCUUCGUCAACCGCAAGAAGAGCAGUGAGUGGCAUCAAGUGCGCGCUCGUGCACCUUGCCGUUUCAUGCCUCCUGAGGAGCACAGACAGGAAAUUGUUCAUAUUGUUGUUCAGGACGAGGAAGAGCAGGAAGUUGAGGCUAACGAGCAGCGUCCGCUGUUGGUAUAG